AACGGGCCCUGCAGGCCCGUGUGGCUACACAGUAUGCCACACUCUCCCUUUGUCCACUCUCUCUCCCUCCUUCGUCACUCCGUGGUCAAGCUCCGCGGCUAUGGCCGCUUUCUCCUUCUUCACGGGACUGCACUUCACAGGAAUAUUGAGGUCUUCUAGCGUUUCGUCAUUGGAAAGAAGAUCAGAAGGUGGCGACGAGAAGGAGGACAGCUUCUCUGACAUGUACCACAGCUUUCACGAAGGUGUAGGACGAGUGGCAAGCUUUUCAGGCCUCCGGCAUGCAGACCGAAAAGAGUUGCAAUCGGAGCUCGAAGAGCGAGAGGAAAUAGUCGAUGGCUCACAAGGCGAGGUGUGGGGUCAAGGAGGAAGUCUCUCCGACGCUUCUCUUGAGCGAUCAUUCUCCUCACAGUUGGGAGACAGAGUAAAGUCUGGCGAGCAAACGCUCGAACAGCUCGAUCCUCAGCUCGAGCAAUACAGGAACAUGGAUGCUCAGACGCUGGGUGCUGAGCUCACCCGGUUGGUGAGAUUAUCAGAGACUGACAAGAAUAUCAACCUCUAUAUAGUCUACAUUUUAUGCGAGAAACUAGCAGAGGUGCCGCCGACAAAGAAUGACAUCAAGAAGUUUGUUGAUGAGAUGGCAGAGCCAGUUAAGAGUAGUCCGGUGUUCAGGCUCCUGGAGCAAAGGCAUGGCUCAAAGUGGCAGGGCACAGUGAAUUCAAAGAGAAGAGGGAAUGGAAGUGCUUCAGGCACGGGAUCUGAGGCGGAUAGGUCAGGUGCUCAUUCUGACAGUGGCAACGCAGAAGCGGAGCAGAGCAUUGGGGGAGAGCCUGUUCCAGGCAAUGAUAAAGGACCAGGACAAGGUGAACCUGGACCAGAACAAGGUGAACCUUCAAGGCAAGCGGAAAACGGAGCAGAACCUUCUCUCUACCUUCCCGAGGAGUCAUUCUCAUUGAAGCCUGGAGAGACCGCAAAGGUACGAUUACGAGUUCAAACUCUGAAGGAGGGGACCUUGAAGGUGACAGGCGUGGAAUGGGUGCUAUGUAGCGUGGCUAAAGGAUGUCGAAUGUUUCCAGUCGGGCCCAAGCGCAAAAGGCUGCCAAAGGGGGAUAGCAGAGCUGCGAGGGGAAAGCGGACUGUUCCUCCAUCCCAACGCCUUUCCUUCAGGGUCAUUCAGAGGAUGCCUCGGCUGGAGGCUGUCCUUCAUGAGUUCCCGGAGAAGGUUCACGAGGGCGAGUUGCGACGAAUGGUCCUUGAGCUAACAAACACAGGAUUGGUUCCUCUGAGGAGGAUGCGGAUAAAGUUCAGUCACCCGGGGUUUCUCUGCAUGGGCCAGCAGUCAGAUCUCGAUCCGGAAUUUCCUCUGUGUCUGGAUGUCAGUGCGACAAGGCGCGCUUUAAGUGCCCGCCUUGAGAGCAUGAACACCUCGGCGGCUACGGAUCCCUUGGCAUUUGCUUUGCCAGACAUUGGGUCUGGGCGAAAAGGGCAUGUCUUCUCUUUCAGUCCGGGUACACGACUAGACGGCGGGUCGACAUUGCUGUGGCCUCUGUGGUUGCAUGCAAGGCAGUCGGGGAUACAGACAUUUCACAUGUUAGUCUACUAUGAACCGGCUGUGGAAGCAAACGGAGCCGAGCCAAGCAUGAAGUAUCGGACGCUUCGCAUGAUGCAUGAUAUACAGGUAGUCCCGUCUCUGCGAGUGAGUGUGAAGAUCACUCCAUCUCCCCAAAAUGUUGAGCAUUAUGUGGCAAGGGUUGAUGUCGAGAACCAAAGCCAACAAGAUGCCUUCAUGCUGCGGCAGUUUUCUUGCUGGUCGCCAGCAUGGCGGCUGGUAAAGAUGACGGCCACCCCAGGCUCCGUCGAGGACAUUGCAGGUGAAUCCAGCUCAUCAGUGCCACAUGACGCAGCAUCUGCCGACACCCGACAAUCGGAGUCAUCUGCGUAUCCGGUGCACUUGGUCUCACCAGCAAUGUACUCAUCCCUCUAUUUCCAUUUGCAACCACGAGUUCCGACUCCUGUCGAGGACAUGAGCCCAACAGCACCAAGCAUCUCAGUAAAAGGACACUCACCCCAUCAUCCUCCCGAGCCACCGCAUUCGUCUUCAGGAGCUGAUCCUGCAGGAGAUAAAUGUGGAGGAGGUCUCUCGACAAAUUUGCGCCUUGGUUCUGGGAAUUCCACUCUGCCACUCAUUGACAUCUCAAUGGGACCCACUCACCGUUUUCACCUUCGAGAGAGGGCUCUACAGUCCGCAACCUCUGCUCAGAGAGAUUCAUCGCCAACAGGGAAGAGGUCUGUGCUCGAUGAGGAUGUAAUCAAAGACAGCGAGUACCCUUCAGCCUGCCCUCAAUCGGUGGAUUUCGUUCUGCUGUGGGAGCACAGGAGAACGCGGGAAUCGUGGACACCAUCACGAACGGAGCAACUCUCGACUUUUGGAUCGCAUCAUCUCUGUCACUGCAGUGUUACAGGGCCGACCCCUGUGCGCUGGGUGUUGGAAGUGCCCUCAUGCGUGAGCCAUGAUUUCGCUUCAUCAGCUUCUGUUGAAGUGCCGCUGUCGCUUGUCGUCCAGAAUUGCUCUGAUAAGGCCGCCUCUAUUCGAAUCGAGACUUUGGACCCAGUAUUAGCUUCCAGUUCUCUACCGCUGUCCGCCUCUGAAGGAGGGGGGAAAUCGACACCGAGGGGAGGGGGUGGCUCCCUGACUGCAGUUUCGAACACUAGUUCCCUGAGCAGUAAGGGUGGUUGGUACAAACUUGUCGCUACAGAGAGAGUUGCGUCUACGAGCAGUUCCGGGUCAGGCUUGGUAAAACAGGGUCUUCCUGGAGGACCGGUAUCAGUUGGGAGCGCCUUGGCAGGGGGCAAUCAAAAUGCAGAAUUAUUUGAGGAGCACUUGUGUAGCGUACCCCAGUUGGGGCCAUUCCUGUGGAUCGGCUCCAGCUGCAGAGUUCUGAAGGGACUGGAACCUGGGAAGAAAGCUCGAGUGCCCCUCAGAAUUUCUGUAUUUGCUCCUGGAGUCUAUGACCUUUGCUAUUAUAGGAUAAGCUGGAGGCUGGAGGCUGAACCUAAUGGUACCUGCACUAGCCCUGUGUUUGACGGUACAAAGGCUCGGAGAGGCUCUGCACAGCCUGGCAGAAGUCCCACCCGGACCCCUCCUCGGCAUUCGGCAUCGUCAGCCAGAGGACCCUAUCUACGUUCUUCAGACUCAAUGAGCCGGAGUUUCUCGUCCUAUCAGUCGCUGCCCAAUUCUCCUCUCUCGCAAGCCGGCGAUGCUCCUCAGAGGCAUCCGUCCAGCGUUGGCCCUAGCAGAACCACAAGCGCUGCAACUGCGACCGCAGCUACAGCAGGUGGCAACAGCACCAAUAGUGUGACGGGAGACGCUCUUGGAUCUGGCAGUGGCGGGUCCGGCCGCGCUUUGGCGGAGAGUGAGGUGCUGAGCACGGUCAGUGGGACAUUGGUAGAUGCGUCCAACGACGGUUGGAAUUCGGGCUCCAUGGGCGGGCACUCGGUCUUGCUGACAGUCUUGGAUUCAGGCAUUUGACUCAACCCUUUGCAGGUUUGUUUUGAUGGUUGGAUGCAUUUUUCUUAAUGUGUUUCUUCUUGUGGAGGUUCAAUAAAAGGUAAGGGGAUUG